ACGGCUCCUCCCCUCUGGGCUAGUCUACGCGGGGUGGGGACGGGGGUGCAGGCGCGGCUCCUUUGAUGUGAGCCAUGGCGGCUUGUCCCUUUCGGAGGAGCAUCGCCUCUCAGCUUUCAAGAGUUUUGAACCUGCCACCAGAAAAUUUGAUAAAUUCAAUAUCUGCCGUUCCUGUCUCCAAAAAACGGCCAGUUGCUGAUUUCCAGCUCUUUGUGGAUUCUGUGAUAGAGGACAAGUCUAGUGAUCGUUCAAAGCCAGAUCUUCAGCUUCAAACUCAGAGGCUAGCAGAGAAGCUAAAAUGUGAUACAGUAGUGAGUGAAAUCAGCACUGGUCCAGGAACAGUGAACUUCACAAUAAAUAGGGAAUUAUUAGCAAAGACUGUGUUGCAGCAGGUAUUUAAAGAUGGCUCAAAAUAUGGAAUAAAAAGUGAACUUUUCUCUACGCUUCCCAGAAGAAAGAUAGUAAUUGAGUUUAGUUCACCCAAUAUUGCCAAAAAGUUUCAUGUAGGACAUUUGCGUUCCACAAUAAUAGGGAAUUUUGUAGCAAACCUCAGAGAAGCACUUGGACAUCAAGUAACAAGAAUAAAUUACCUUGGAGACUGGGGCAUGCAGUUUGGUUUACUGGGAGCUGGUUUCCAACAGUUUGGCAAUGAAGAAGAGCUACAAUCCAAUCCUUUACAACACCUCUUUGAGGUAUAUGUACAGGUUAACAAAGCAGCAGAAGAAGAUGAAAACAUAAAGAAGCUGGCACAGGAUUUCUUUAGAAAAUUGGAGGCACGUGAUCAGCAGACACUGUCAAUGUGGCAGCAUUUUAGAGACUUCAGUAUUGAAGAGUAUGUCCGGAUUUACAAGCGUCUAGGAGUGCAUUUUGAUGAAUAUUCUGGAGAAUCAUUUUAUCAAGAGAAGUCCCAGGAAGUUCUAAAGAUGUUGGACACUAAAGGACUCCUUCAGAAAACAAUCAAAGGAACAAGAGUAGUGGAUCUUUCUGAAAAAAGAGACCUCUCAUUGUCUUCCACUGUAAUGCGUAGUGAUGGGACAUCUCUUUAUAUAACAAGAGAUCUUGCUGCUGCUAUAGACCGAAUGCAGAAAUAUAACUGUGAUACUAUGAUUUAUGUGACAGAUAAAAGUCAAAACACUCACUUUGAACAGCUGUUCCAAAUACUGAAGCUCAUGGACUACCAAUGGGCAGAAAGGUGUCAGCAUGUGUCUUUUGGGCUAGUGCAGGGGAUGAAGACACGAAAAGGAGAGGUGGUUUUCCUGGAAGAUGUUUUAAAUGAAGCUCGCUCAAGGAUGUUACAAAACAUGGCUUCUGCAAAAACAAGUAAAGAACUGGAAAACCCUCUUGAGACUGCAGAAAAGAUUGGGCUUGCUGCACUCAUAAUUCAGGAUUUCAAGGGUCUUCUAUCAUCCGAUUAUCAGUUUAGUUGGGACCGGGUUCUCCAAAGUCGGGGAGAUACAGGCGUAUUCCUGCAGUACACACAUGCCAGACUCCACAGUUUAGAGCAGAUGUAUAGGAAUGGGCAAUCGACUGACAUUAAUACAGCUUGUUUACAAGAUCCACAGGCCAUCUCAGUCCUUCAGCACCUUCUCAGAUACGAUGAGGUACUGUAUAAAUCCUCUGAAGAUCUGCAGCCCAAGCACAUUGUCAGCUACCUUCUAACACUCAGCCAUCUUGCUGCUGUGGCUCAUAAAACGCUCCCUGUGAAAGGCAGUGCCCCUGAAUUAGCCCAGGAGCAAGAACUCAUGGCUGCAAGCCCACCCCUGACUGCCAUGGGCUCUCUCUGGACCUCUUCAAUGUGACCGUGAGCACCACUGAGGGGGAAUUACUGCAGAGCAGUUGUUCCCUUUCUAUCUCAUUUUCUUCUCCCUAAUAUUUCGGAGAGUGUUUAAUGUUCUGGUUAGUUUCUGAUGGUUUCCUCAGCUGUAAGUGGGAGGACAGAGAUAUGUGAGGUGACUGAACCUCCUCUCCUGAAUUCCACCCACACAAUACAAAUCGUCUAUACUGCUGUUCUACCAACAUAGGCUGUCAACUGCUAUGUGCAGUUCUACCUAGAUGCAAAUUAGAAGGCUGUGAAUCUUUGGGCGAGAGAUCUGAUCUCUUAACUAUUGAGUAAAUGCUACUCUAAUUACACCAUCUUUUGUUAUCCCUCGUACUGAUUUGAAAAGUAAUUACGUAUCUGCCUUUGAUGACUUUCUUCAGGGUUGAGCUUUGGAAUGUUCUGUUGUGAAAAAGAACAGUGAGAAGAUUUAUAAAGAAUAUAUUCCAUAUGGUUGAGCUUAAAGCUCCAUUGACUUUAAUGCACCUUUUAGUAAGCACAAUUUUUUUUGAUAGAAGUGAAGUCAGAUUCCCUGUAGUUCUGAAGAGUGGUGAAAGUUAGGUCCUCCCCCUCGUCUCCUAACACACACUCCCAAACACUUACAAUUGCUGUGCUUUUAAAGUGCUCAUUCCCAGAGCAAGUGGGACAUGACUAAAGAAGAGACACUUCUGCCUUUUGGCAGCUUGUUCUAUCUCCUGUGGGAACUGGAGAACAAGUCCAACUUAAGGCAAAGAACAAGUACAUCUUCUCUGCGCACCUUACAAAACAGCGACUUUUACAGGGCCCGAUGUUCCUUCAAAGUGACAUUUGAUAUUGUUCUUACCAACCUAUUAGCCAUCUACCAGUUCACAUUCUUUAUUGGCAUGAAAAGCUAUGCAAGUCUUGUCAGCACAGAUCAUUUUAAUUUGUGUGCAAUUAAGUAUCACUACUGGAGAUGUGGUUUUGCUGCUGCCUUUUUUUUUUUCAAGCCACACCAAUAGAAUCUGGAAGCAAGCUUUUUUAAUCAUUCUGACUUAGGUUUAGCUCUGUCUGAUUCUACAUUUCCUCUUAUACUCCAUUGGAGGUGAGAGGUUUGAGGGGACUCUGAAAUAUGGAUGAUGUUUGCAGACACAUGCAUACCCAUAAAUCCAGGUUCAAUAAGUGACUUAAAAAAAUGAGUUUUCAGGUAGAACCUGAGUAUUUUGAAGCAGUAGAAGAGGGAGGAACUGGGGCUGAGAGAAAAAUCAAUAUUAUUUACUGUGUAAUUUCUCAAAUACAUCAGAUGAUGAUGAUAAUGUGUUUGGGAAGGUGGUGGAGAAACUUCCAUAAACAAGCAGUUGGGGUUUC